AUGGCCAUGGCUGAGUGGCCACGGCCCGGGUGGGCCUCAUAUCACAACUCCAACACCAACAACUGUCAGGAUCUGGGCAACUCCAUCCUGUUGCUGCUGGGCCUCAUCAUCUGCAUUAACAUUAGCAUCAAUAUGGUGACGCUGCUCUGGCGCAGACUCCGUGGCUUCUUACACCAAGUGUUCCAUAUUGUUUAUGAGAAAGAAGCUUCUAAGUCAUCCUCACCUGGGAAGGAGACCCAGCCUCCGAAGCAGAGCACCCCUGCAGUCCACCUUCGAUGCACCAUGGACCCCGUGAAAAUGACUGUGACUCCCCCACCCACUCGCCGCCACCGCCACCGAGGCUCUUCAGGCCGCCGUGCCCACCGCCCGGUAGCCUGGGCCCCUGACACUGACGACGAGGAGAAGUCCCCACAUCAGCACCCUGCAGUCUGCUCCCACAACAGGGAUCACCCCGCAGACUGGGAAGGCUUCCGGUCCACAAAGGGCUUCUGGGGCCCCUGGCCCCAGGAUGCUGUGGAGCCCACUCCCCAGACCAUUCGCUUCCAGCAGACCACAGAAGGCAGGCCCCUGAAAGGCGAGAUGCAGUCAGAGAUGGGCCUAGAGGCCUAUGUGUACCCGGUGAAUCCCCCGCCCCCAAGCCCUCAGAUGCUGAGCCACAAGAACAACGGAGCGGGGCCCAGGGCCCAAGCCGAGCAGGAGCAAUGCGCCCCUGUCCCUCCUGCCCCACCGCCUGCCCGGGGCCCAGCAAUCGUCCCUGACAUCCCCCGGUGCCGCUCCUCGGGCCGUGUAGUGUACGAUGCCCGUGAUGUGAGGCGGCGGCUCCAGGAGCUGACCCGAGAGGUGGAGGCCCUGUCUCACUGUUACCCCCUGGGCUCCAGAUCCAGCAAUGCUGAGGAGACAGGCAAGGACUGGGUGUACCGUUCCCUGACAGAGAGGUGA